AUGUCAGCAUACGCGGGAUACCACAAGACGGGUUACGGCGCCCAAGGCGGCGAUGACUCGGGCGGCUUCUUCGCUGGGGGCUCACAACAAGGCAGUCAAGGUGCCAGUGGAAAGGCGUACCAAGAUGAAUCCCUCCGCCCCGUCACCAUAAAGCAGAUUCUCGAGGCGGAGGAGGCCUUUGCCGGAGCCGACUUCAAAAUCGACGGCGUCGCAGUCACCCAAAUCACCUUUGUCGGGCAAAUACGCAGCGUCAACCCGCAGCCGACCAACAUCACCCUCAAGAUCGACGACGGCACCGGCCAGAUCGAGGUCAAGAAGUGGAUCGACGUCGACAAGCAGGACGACUCCAACGUCGAGUACGAGCACGACGCCCACGUCCGCGUCUGGGGCCGCCUCAAGUCCUUUUCCAACAAGCGCCACGUCGGCGCCCACGUCAUUCGCCCCGUGGCCGACUUCAACGAGGUCAACUACCACUUGCUCGAGGCCACGUACGUGCAUUUGUUCUUCGCGCGCGGUCCUCUGGGCCAGAGCGGGGCGGCGGGUGCAAACGGAGACAGCAUGUUCGUGGAUGGCGCCGGCCCCGGCCCCGGCCCCGGCCCCGGCGGUGCGAAUGACGGCCAGAUGCCCAGCAAGCUGUCUGGCUGCUCGGCCGUUGCCAAGAAGAUGUUCAACUUUAUGAAUAGUGCUCCCGGUGGGAAUGAGGGCUUUCACCUAAACAUCAUCACCAAGUCGGCAAGCAUGACGGUGCGAGAAGUCUUGACGGGGGCAGAUGAGCUGCUGGGCCAAGGCCUGAUUUACACGACGGUCGAUGAUGAGACGUGGGCUAUUCUGGAAUACUGA